AUGACCACUCCACGAAGUAAUGCAAGUAAUGCGAGAAAGCGUAAUGCUAGAAAGAAACGUGACAAAAUUAUAAAGGAUAAAGACAAAAAGAUCGAGUAUUACAGAAAAAAAUCCGAGAAGUAUAGGAAGAGAUUAGAACGUUUGGAAAAAGCUAAGACAAAGAAAAAUGUAGACACACCUAACACUAAACUGACCGAAAUGUGUGAUUCGCCAGGAGCUCGCAGAGAAGUAGUCAGAAAGGCGCUAUUCGGUGAAGUGUUGAAUGCCCAGCUGAAAGAGAACUACGCUAAUUUAAAAACCUGCAAAGAGAAACAAAUAUUCGGAAAAGUCGUGUCCGGUAAACUAAUACACAAGUACAAGUUAUGGCGAAGCAAAGAUAGUUCCAUAUCUUAUAAAACAAUUCAGAAGUCAGCGCGUCAAUCGGGUUUAGUACCCAAGCUUCGGACUCGCAAAGACAAAAUUUCAUCUGAUUGCAUAAACACUGUACGAACCUUCUACGAAAAUGAUGACAACAGCAGACUUGGCGCAGGAAAACGAGAAUGCCUGACCAGAAAAGGGGUUAAAAAACAGAAAAGAUAG